UAAUAGAGCUCUAAGAACUUGAAAUCCUCUACAAGAUAAGAUUUCUUGCAUAAUAUCUUGUCUCUUAAAAUUUUUCUCAUUUAAUUUUAAAAAAAAAUUAUGACAAAAAAUAAUUAAAAAGGGCAAACUCGUAUUUACAAAUAAAGUAUAAAGUAUAUAUAAACAAUAUACAACCGUUUGAAAUUCAUACAUUACUAGCCUUCUUUGCUAUCCCCUUCUUUUCUUCAUGACUAUUUAAUACCAAUUAAUUAAUUAUUUUCAGAAAUAUAAUGUGUCUGCCACUGGAAAUUCAGUUUGCGGCAUAGCUUUCAUCCAACUCAAUGUUAUGGUUUCUUUUGGUGGGAUGGGAACAAAUUCGAAAUUGUUGAUGGUUAUAGGCUUGUUUAUGUGCGAUACUUUAAUUUCAAGGAAAAGGACACAAACAGCUGUGGCUCGACGUGCAACAAAUUAUACGCCAAGGAAAUCAAAGGCCAUCAAUUCUUGGAUUGCAGAUUUGAGAGAUCAGAAAUCAAGUGUCAAAAAAUGAAGAAAAUUGUUUUGGUGCUAAAUUGUUUGAUGUUAGCAAUAGGGAUAAGUGGAGGUCCAUUGGUAAUGAGGUUGUAUUAUAUACAUGGUGGUAAAAGUAUUUGGUUAUCUUCUUGGUUAGAAACUGGUGGAUGGCCUAUUAUGAUUAUUCCUCUUCUGCUCACUUAUUUUAGGAGACGCGCUGUUGAUAAAACACAGGCUAAACUCAUCUCUAUCAAGCCUACCACCAUUUUUUAUGCUUCUAUUGUUGGUUUAGUAGCAGGGGCAGGGGACUACUGCUAUGCAUAUGGAGUAAAACACAUAGCAGUCUCAACAUCAUCCUUGAUCCUAGCAACCCAACUAGCCUUCACAGCCUUAUUUGCCUUUUUAUUAGUAAAACAGAAAUUCACAGCAUAUUCAAUUAAUGCUGUUACUCUUCUAACCUUUGGAGCCAUUGUGUUAGCACUUCAUGCUAACAAAGACCGACCUGCGGGCGAAUCAAGUGUCGAGUACUACUUGGGCUUCGCCUUUACACUUGCUUCGUCUGCAUUGUUCGCUCUUAUGCUACCUUUGAUUGAACUUACUUUCAAGAAAGCUAAACAGAGUGUCACUUAUUCUUUGGUUACGGAAAUUCAGCUUGUGUUAACCUUCUCUGCUACUGUUGUUUGCACUAUUGGGAUGCUUGCCAGUGGAGAUUACAAGGAAUAUGCAAGAGAAGUAGAAGAAUACAAGCUAGGAAAAGCAAUGUACUUUGUGGUAUUAAUAAGUGGUGCAAUAUUAUGGCAGUUUUUCUACUUGGGAGCUGCAGGGGUCAUACAUUACGGCUCCUCUUUGUUAUCUGGAGUUAUUAUCGCAGUUGCACUUCCUAUUACUGAGAUUGCAGCCGUUAUUUUUUACCAUGAAAAAUUUCAAGUUGAAAAAGGAGUUUCUCUUGUUCUUUCACUUUGGGGAUUUUUCUCUUAUUUUUAUGGUGAGGUUAAGCAAAUUAAGAAGCAAAAGAAAAGACAAAAUAAACUCAUUCAUUCUAAUGAUAUAGAAUCAUCAACUUCUAAUUAGGGCAGAUAUUUUGGAUUGCUCGGUGGUUGAGUGUUUUAUUUUUCAUUUUAAUGAUAGACAUUUUAAUUUUAUCGAUUGUAGAAAUGAUUAGUUAUUUCUCCUUUUAUGUGUAGAUAUUCUAUAUUUUUAUUUGGAAUUGAAAAAAAAGUUUUGAUUAAUGUAA